GCUGCCAGUGGAAGUGGGUUCGAUUGCAACUUCUAGGAGAAGUUUGGACAAGUACAUGGAUGGGAGGGGUACGGUCCGGAUAUAGGCCGAUGGGACAGGGCAGAAUGAGGCUGACAUGGACCAGAUGGGCUGAAGGGCCUGUCUCUGUGCUGUGGUCUCUAUGACUCAGUACAGGACAGGGUUGUGUGCUGCUACAGUUCCAUCUAUUGACUGGCUUUGAAAGAGGAACCACACACUGACUCAAGACACUGCGGGUGAGUGACACGGCACUCGUGCACCAAAUGUCCACAGUCUGACAACCUCAGCUCCCUGCAGCAGUUCUCAGAGAGAAAGAAGUCAUUUCACAACCAGGAACUGUUGCGCAGUGCUACAGUGUUGGAACCAUGGUGCCCAGAGAGCGGGUCACACAGCUGCUCGUCUUGUUACUGCAGGCUAUGCAACUCCACAGGGCAGGUGUGGCCGCACAGGUAUGCACUGUAACAGUCAGCCAGGCUCCUCUUAUUCUUCAUCAGCUGACCAUCAACCUGACCAUCUCCUGUAAUUUCACCACCCGUCACUGCAGUGGAUCCCCUGUUGUCACCUGGUUCAGUAUCCACGGCAGCGAGACGAGGAGCCAGUGCUUGGAUGACUGCAAGGUUAAGCAGGCCACUGACAAGCCUCACUCAGACAGAGCAACCCAGAGCUGGGUGGCAAGCCUGAAUAUCCCGAGGGUCAGCUGGGAGGACAGUGUCACUUACUACUGUUGUGUGGCGUACCCUGUCCCCUCUGGGCAGGCCAGGCAAAUGGGAAACGGGACGAGGAUUGGAGAUCAGAGGAGAUCCAUCCUGUGGCUCAAGUCAUUAGUGCUCAGCGUCCUGUCGCUCUACGCCAUCUGCAUCACCGUCUAUCUCGUGCAAAUCCUCCGGUCGCUGAGGGUCGAUCUCCAUGGCAAAGCUCCGGACAGGGAACAGAAGAGUCGUGUGGUACAAGCCCUCACCCGCGAGCUCAACUGCAAGUUCCGCAAGGAGAGUCAGGACCCCCCCUCUCAGCCACAGCUGCAGAGCAACAGUGUUGCCACCGACGACUCCAUCUAUCAGAACAUGUGACACCCAGAAGGCAGACCGUCUGGUCGAGAAUCGGUUAAAGUUUAACUGGCUCCAGGCCAGGCAAGUUCCUCCUCGUCCCCUCUGCCGAGGAGCCGGGGAAGGACGACCCCUCUGUACGCAGCGGCUGAGCCUGGACCAGGACCUGAAGGCCGUUCAGUGACAGCUCCCCCCCCCUGAGGUAGAGGUUCAAAGCAUUCGAUCGACCGACACCCUGCAUCCGUGGAUACCAACCCCACUGUACUCCAGCUGCCACUUCUUUGCCCGUUCUCCGAAUCGUUCCCCAGAUACACUGCCCGCACCUCCACCCGUGUUUGCAUCGUCCGCAAAAUUGGCCACAAAGGCACGUGCAUCAGCUCCCACCCAAAGCCUUGUAGACCCAAUGACCACAAGAGCCCACCCACACACUCCCUCCCUCUACAAAAUACUCUCAGUCAGGCUGCUCCAACAAACCACCCCCCCCAAUCCCAGGAACACCGCCACCGGCAAGAACACCGGCUCGAGACGGUUGGGAACACCACCUUCCUGUCACAAACUAUCACCACCUGCGUUCAGGUCCUGGCAGAUCCUCCCCAUGGGAGCCCCUCCACCCAGGGGGGCUGCAGAGGACCCCCCCCCCACAAUCAGAGGGCAACUGGGCCCAGGCAGAAUUCCGGAGUGCAGUAACCCAGGCUUUGGAAAUGCAUCGUGCCACCUCCUGCCCCACACCACCACGUGGUCCACGGGCCACCUCCCCAUCAUCCGAUAACUGGGACGGAUCUUCACUUGGACACCAAUCCACAGGCCAGAUGCGAUUCCGGCGCCGACAGCACACGGAAUACCGACAGGGAACCAGCAUUCUGGAUCGCGCUUACAAUACAGCUUGAUCAACUGGGCGAGACCUCACCCGAGUCUCAUCAGCUGCCAAAACGUAACGCUCAGUAAAUAUCUGUCAGUCUUAGAAAAUAUAGAAGUUGUUGUACCAAAGCUCAUUAAAAUAUUUAAGAUUAAAACUUUUGAACUGACUGAAUCAAAUCAAGCAGGUUCAUGCAAGUUGCUCCCUGGUGUCUUCGUGGCAAA